AUCAAUAUAUGCAUGAAACGAUAACUGUUAAUGGCUGUCCUGAAUUCCGUGCCAGGGCCACAGCAAAGGCAACAGUUGCAGCUUUUGCAGCUAGUGAAGGCCACUCCCACCCUCGGGUAGUCGAACUGCCAAAGACUGAUGAAGGCCUUGGUUUUAACGUGAUGGGAGGAAAGGAGCAAAAUUCCCCCAUUUAUAUCUCUCGCAUCAUUCCUGGAGGGGUGGCUGAAAGACACGGAGGCCUCAAAAGGGGAGACCAGCUGCUAUCAGUGAACGGAGUGAGCGUGGAAGGGGAGCACCAUGAGAAAGCUGUGGAACUGCUCAAGGCUGCCAAAGACAGCGUCAAGCUGGUGGUCCGAUACACCCCAAAAGUCCUGGAAGAAAUGGAGGCGCGCUUCGAAAAGCUCCGGACCGCCCGGCGCCGACAGCAGCAACAACAGCAGCGGCAGCAACAAACACAGCAGAACCACAUGUCCUAGGUCCUUAGAGAGAAGCUACCUGAUCAAAGAUCUGAUAGUCACAAAUUCGAAACCGUGCUUCCGAAUCCCAGCACAUAGUAAAAGGAAAAGACCACAUUGAUAAUUAUACCUGUCAAGAAGCUGUGAACACGUGGUGUAUGAAUUCUUUACCAAGGCGACUUGACAUCUUCUUUCUCUGGGCCUGAAUCCCACUGCUCACGUGCUCUUUACACACACAGGCCUUCCAUUCACUGCAGUGGGAAUUCUCAGUGUGUAAAGGGAGAGGUUUUCCAGUCUGCAGACUGAAAUAGUACAAGAAGAAUCAAGUCCAUGACUUUCAGAUAAAU